CUACAUCAAAACAUGGUCAUCGGCAUAUCCUGAUGGGCAUUCAUUCUUACGGCGUGCGAGUCAGCUCCACUUUCAGCCCUACGCAGCAUCAAGCGUGACGUCACAACUCCUCGUUCCUUAUGAUCUUUUUAAUUCCCCUGAUCGUCCACCAUUUGUUUGUUCUUCAUCGUCCAGACUCUGAAAUUUUGUUCACUCUCCUAUCCUCGAGACAAGCUCAAUUUCCAUCUUCCCAAGAAACCUCUAUCAACACACUACACAAACCGCCAUCAUGCCCGGAAAAGUCGGCUGCUGCGAAAUUAUCAUCGCCUUCUUCCUCCCCUUCGUGGGUGUCUUCAUGCGCACCGGAUGCAGCUGUGAUCUCCUCAUCAACAUCUGUCUGUGUAUCCUGGGUUGGGUACCAGGUGUCAUCCACGCCUACUACAUCCUGGCCAACAAAUAACCACCUCAAUUGACACCGACAUCUGUCUCCUGAUGUAUUGUUGGUCGGCUCGGUGAAAUUCGCAACCCGGGCUAUACUCCAUUACGGGCGCUCUCGGCGUAUCGACGGGGCCAUUCAUGAUUCGCGACUAUUGAUUAAUAUUUCCUUCUUUUUUUUUUUUUUUUGUGUGUAUAUGUUGAUAUCCCACGGCAACAAUUAUUAUGACUGUUUGACUUUUUGUGUGAAUUUUUUAUCUGCCAGUGGUGGUUGUGGUUGGUCUAUGCGUCGGCCGAGACUCUUCGCUACGUAGGCAGCAAUUUUCCCGUAUAUUAAAAGGCGGUGACUGGGCGGUGAGCGGAGUUUGGCCUGUGUUGCUGUGACUACGUCAUACUUUGUGGCUGGGAUCUGCGCAUCAUAAUUUGGGCGAGAACGAGAUGGUUAAUAGUAUAGGACUAUUUUUGGG